AAAAUUUAGUGUCUCGAAAGCCCAUAUAAGCUCGAAUCCCCUCAACCCUCGACGUUUCUUCUUUACCUUCACCUGCUACCGCCUCUCUCUCGUCCUCUUCCUUUACUCUCUUUCACGCUUUCAAGUAAGUUGUCUCAUCUUCGCUGACGCUUUUUCUGCGCUGUUCUUGCCGCAUACAGCCUGCAAGGGGCUCGAAAUUGUCAUGGGCAGGGGGGAUGGAUUUAAAGUUCACUACUCUCAAGCAAUUAUGCGGACUAGGAUGCGCACGAUAUUCGUUCUACGGUGCGCUGACAGUUUAACCCCUUGCUCUAGCUUCAAAAAAUGGGAAAGGAGAAGACCCACGUUAAUGUCGUCGUUAUCGGUCACGUCGAUUCUGGCAAGUCGACCACUACCGGUCACUUGAUCUAUAAGUGCGGUGGUAUCGACAAGCGUACCAUUGAGAAGUUCGAGAAAGAGGCUGCUGAGCUUGGCAAAGGCUCCUUCAAGUACGCCUGGGUGCUUGACAAGCUCAAGGCCGAGCGUGAGCGUGGCAUCACCAUUGAUAUCGCCCUCUGGAAGUUCGAGACCCCCAAGUUCAUGGUCACUGUCAUUGAUGCCCCUGGUCACCGUGACUUCAUCAAGAACAUGAUCACUGGUACCUCCCAGGCUGAUUGCGCUAUCCUCAUCAUCGCUGGUGGUACCGGCGAGUUCGAGGCUGGUAUCUCCAAGGAUGGCCAGACACGCGAGCACGCUCUCCUUGCUUUCACCCUCGGUGUCAGGCAGCUCAUCGUUGCCGUCAAUAAGAUGGACACCACCAAGUGGAGCGAGGACCGCUUCAACGAAAUUGUGAAGGAGACCUCAACCUUCAUUAAGAAGGUUGGCUACAACCCCAAAUCCGUCGCCUUCGUCCCCAUCUCUGGCUGGCACGGUGACAACAUGUUGGAGGAGUCCGAAAACAUGCCAUGGUACAAGGGCUGGACCAAGGAGACCAAGGCCGGUGUUGUCAAGGGCAAAACCCUCCUCGACUCCAUCGACGCCAUCGAGCCCCCCGUCCGCCCCUCCGACAAGCCCCUCCGUCUCCCCCUCCAGGACGUCUACAAGAUCGGCGGUAUCGGCACGGUGCCCGUCGGUCGUGUCGAGACCGGUAUCAUUAAGGCUGGUAUGGUCGUCACCUUUGCCCCUGUCGGUGUGACCACCGAAGUCAAGUCCGUCGAGAUGCACCACGAGCAACUCGAACAGGGUCAGCCCGGUGACAACGUCGGUUUCAAUGUCAAGAACGUCUCCGUCAAGGAUAUCCGUCGUGGUAACGUCGCCUCCGACUCCAAGAAUGAUCCCGCCAAGGAGGCUGCUUCCUUCAAUGCGCAGGUCAUCAUUCUGAACCAUCCCGGUCAGAUCGGUGCUGGCUAUGCCCCUGUCCUUGAUUGCCACACUGCGCACAUUGCAUGCAAGUUCGCCGAGCUCAUCGAGAAGAUUGACCGUCGUACGGGUAAGUCGAUCGAGGAUGCUCCUAAGUUCGUCAAGUCGGGCGACGCCUGCAUUGCCAAGCUCGUUCCCAGCAAGCCCAUGUGCGUUGAGGAGUACAACGUCUACCCGCCACUCGGUCGUUUCGCCGUCCGUGACAUGAGGCAGACUGUGGCUGUCGGUAUCAUCAAAUCGGUUGACAAGACUGACAAGGCUAGCGGUGGCAAGGUCACCAAGUCUGCAGAGAAGGCGGGCAAGAAGAAGUAAACUGCUUAGAUGUAUCACCAUUUUCUCCGUCUCUGCUACCUUUGUUUCUCUUUCGCUCUCAUCAUGCAUGGUACCUCGACGCAAGUUGUGUAACUAUCCCAUUCCCACUGUUGUAUCUACGAUAACGAUUCGCCGGCUGACGAUCAGCGAGAUCGUCAGCCGAAUGUCCCUGUAUAGCGGUAGUUUUCUUGUCCCAAAUGAGAAGUUGC